AUGGACAUAUGGAGUGGACCUUUGAAGGACGGAAGCACAGUUGCGGUCAUCAUCAACUGGUCAAAUGCACCUGGAAAGAAACACAUCAACCUGGAUGACAUGGGGUUCACAUCAGCACGUAUUCAUGAUGUCCGAACCGGGACGGAUCUAGGAAACAAAGUGAACUUGUGA